CGCCGUUUGUUUUUCAUUCCAUCGAUCAGUUUCGAAAUUCAGAUCCAUUUUGAUCGAUCUACAGGGCAGUUGAGAACUCAGCAGGACUCGGGUGGUACAGGUACACAUGGGUUGGGUUCCCAUCUCUUCGGAAGAAAGAAGGCAAGGGUGGGAAGACGACCCUUCGCUCCGGGAACCGACGAUUAGAGGCCAACGGCUCUCUCUGUAGCCCUUCGCUGUCUACUGAAGCCGUCCCUCUUAUGUAAGCACUUCCGGCGCCAUGAACAUCUCAGGGUUGAGGAGGAUGGCCAAUUCAGCGUUGUUCAAGCACGGGGUCUUGCCGUGGUACCAGCAGAGCCCGUUCCUCGGUGUGUUGCCCAGGCAGGGAACCUCUCCGGGGGUUGACCCACCGGCUCGAAGGAGGUUUUCCGUUUCCGCUUCAUUCGCUAAUGAGAACCGCGAGUUCGUGAUCGUCGGAGGCGGCAAUUCAGCAGGUUACGCCGCUCGGACGUUUGUGGAGCAUGGGAUGGCCGAUGGGAGGUUGUGCAUUGUCUCCAAGGAGGCAUUUGCACCAUAUGAGCGCCCGGCACUGACAAAAGCUUAUCUGUUUCCCUUGGAUAAAAAGCCAGCAAGGCUUCCUGGCUUCCAUACAUGUGUGGGUUCUGGUGGUGAAAGACAAACACCUGAGUGGUACAAGGAUCAUGGCAUUGAGGUAUUAUAUGAAGACCCAGUGAUUAAUUUUGAUGCCAAAAACCAAACUUUGGUUACAUCCACUGGAAAGCUUUUAAAAUAUGGAUCUCUUAUUAUUGCUACAGGAUGUUCAGCUUCAAGGCUGCCAGAAAAAAUUGGUGGACAGUUGCCUGGUGUUCAUUAUAUCCGUGAUAUUGCUGAUGCUGAUUCGCUUGUGUCGUCACUGGAGAAAGCAAAAAAAGUAGUAGUUGUUGGGGGUGGGUAUAUUGGAAUGGAGGUGGCUGCAGCCACUGCUGCUUGGAAACUUGAUACGACAGUUGUGUUUCCAGAGGAUCAUCUCAUGCCAAGAUUGUUUACAUCUUCUCUAGCACACAGAUAUGAGGACCUUUAUCAAGCCAACGGUGUUAAAUUCUUGAAGAAUAAAUCUAUAAGCAAGUUAGAGGCUGGUAGUGAUGGGAAGGUUGCGUCUGUGAAACUUGAGGAUGGAUCAACUAUUGAUGCCGACACGGUUGUUGUUGGUAUGGGAGCAAAGCCAGCUGUCAGCCCAUUUGAGGUGGUUGGACUGAACAGCAAAGUUGGAGGGAUACAGGUUGAUAGUCUUUUCAGAACAAGCUUACCUGGUAUUUUAGCUAUUGGUGAUGUAGCAGCAUUUCCUUUGAAGAUUUAUGAUCGUAUUGCACGAGUUGAGCAUGUAGAUCAUGCUCGUAAAUCUGCUGCUCAUUGCGUUAAAGCACUACUGGGCAUACAUAAUGAUUCAUAUGAUUACUUGCCAUACUUCUACUCAAGAGUUUUUGAGCAUGAGGGGAGCACCAGAAAAGUCUGGUGGCAGUUUUUUGGAGAUAAUGUUGGUGAAACAGUUGAAAUUGGAAACUUUGAUCCGAAGAUGGCCUGUUUCUGGCUUGAAUCGGGAAGAUUAAAGGGAAUUUUCCUUGAGAGUGGAAGUCCACAGGAGUUUGAGCUCCUUCCUGGGUUAGCUAGAAGGCAGCCAAUUGUCAGCAAAUCAAAGCUUCAGAGUGCACCAUCUGUGGAGGCUGCAUUGGACAUUGCUAGGCUAGCCCUUGUGGCUGAAACUACAUAGUUCAUUUUAUGACAUGGUCUUCCUCUUAUGUGAAUGGGUAGCCCCAGACAUCACAAUUUAGAAGGUCGUCCUAUUGUCCUGCUUUGGUGAAGCUGGAUUCACAUCUGGUGGGGAAAGAAUAAUGCCAUUCCAGAUUGCCUAAUAAGUAGAUUAUAGGUCUUAUUUUACGCUUGCUUAUCUUAAUAAAAUUAAUUCAGUUCCCUCCGUGUAAUGAGAUUUUUCUUCCAUUUGUUGUUUGGCAGUUUUGUGAUGAGACUUUUUUCCUAUUUGUUGUUGGCAGUUUUGUAUCCGCAGAAACAGUUGAUGGUCUACUGCCAAAACAGUUUUGUAAUGAGACUCUUCAAUGAACUGCAGUUUCUACUGCCCCUGUUCAAUUUAUUUAAAUUUGUUUAUGUUU